ACCACCUUUAGUUUCCAAGUUUCAACCCAUCCUUAAUUCACAUUCGCAUUCAUUCAUGGCCAUGAAGAGAACCAGAGACAAUGAUGGAGAUAUAGAGAGCUUGGACAUGGCCAAGUGUCUCAUUCUCCUCUCUCACACCCUUCAGAACAACAAUCCCAGAAAACCCUUCAAGACCCACGACGACGACAGCCAUCUCUUUGAGUGCAAAACUUGCAACAGAAAGUUCCCUUCAUUUCAAGCUCUAGGAGGCCACCGAGCAAGCCACAAGAAGCCAAGAUUGAUGGGAGAGAAUAAUAAUAAUAAUUACAAUAAUAAACCCAGAAGUGUGAAACUCUUGACGAGCUUAGAAAGUAGUGCAGGAAAGCCGAAGAUGCAUCAGUGCUCAAUCUGUGGCAUGGAGUUUGCUUUAGGGCAAGCUUUGGGUGGUCAUAUGAGGAGGCAUAGAGCUGCGAUGACACAAGGAUUUAGCUUUGCUCAUGAUCAUCGAGUUGUUUCGAAAUUGCCUGUGCUAAGGAGGUCCAAUAGUAUCAAGAGGGUGUUUGGCAUGGACUUGAAUCUCACUCCUUUGGAGAAUGACCUUGAAUAUUUGUUUGGGAAGAUGGCUCCCAAAGUUGAUCCUUUGAUUUGAUUCAGAGACGUUAUUUUGUAUUCUUUUCUUUUAUUUUUUAAUUAUUUUUAUUAUCAUUCUCUCUCUGUAUAUCUUCGUUAAAUUAUCAAAAUUUUUUCAUUUAUUUGUGUACAA